AUGCUCAACAAUACACCGGAAGUGCCUCUGGGCUUCCUAGGAGGCCUCGCGCGGGAGUUCAUCGCCCCCAUUGACGAUGCAUCCAAAUCGCAUCCUCAAUUUUGGCUUACAUUCAAUUCUCCUGUCUUUCUGGAUAGUCUGAAAUCCUACUUUGGAGCUUCUGCGGGUAUUCUGCUUACCUUGGUCCUUGUAUAUACAAUUGCUCGCUCAGUAUACCUUGUCACCUGGCAUCCGUAUGCUAAGUACCCCGGGCCCUUUUUGGCCAAAUUCACUAUCCUUUACAGCGCAUACCAUGCACUAAAGGGUGAUCUUCAUCUGGACAUGUGGAAGUGCCACCAGAAGUAUGGCGACUAUGUUCGUUACUCUCCUCAUCGCCUCUUAGUCAACACGACAGAAGGGCUGAAAGAAAUCUACCAAUCAGCCAAACAAAUCCAAAAAUCUCCCGAUUACCAGGUCAUGAACCUGAAAGUUGCGAGCACCUUCACUGAAGUUGACAAAAAGAUUCACGAGCGAAAGCGUCGCCUGGUCAGCCACGGUUUCUCCGAUGCCUCGCUUCGGUUGUAUGAGCCGCGGAUUCUGACUAACGUCACCAAACUUGUGAAUCGAAUUUUAUCUAGCAAGAAGGCCGAGGAUGGAUGGACUGAGUCUCUGAACAUCGGCGAUUUCGCUGGUGACUUUGCUUUCGACGUGAUGACAUCUGUUAUCUACGGACUCUGCUACAAUCUGCAGGAAGAUCCUAAGUAUAGAUUCAUCAUUCCUGUUAUUUCAGGUGUCAACUUCCGAAUUGGCAUUCUAUCGCAGGCGCCUAUGCUAGCUUGGCGCAAGAUGGACAGAUAUAUAUUCCGUAGAGCGAUCAAGGCACGAAAUGUGUUCUUAGGCUUCGUUGGAAAGAUCAUCAAGGAUCGUAUAAAAGCAACAGAUAUCACCGGAGAUGCGUUCUCCAUUUUGUUUGCAGCCAAGGACGAUGAGCUUAAGGAGGGACUGAGCCGCGAUCAGUUGAAUGCCGAAAGUCUGAACUUUGUCGUGGCCGGAUCUGACACCACUGCCACUUCAAUAUCCGCGACUAUCUUCUACCUCACCAGAUACCCCGACGCAUACGCAAAGGCAGUAGCGGAAGUUCGUUCCGCAUUCCACGACAUCAACGAUGUGCGUCUGGGCCCAGCCCUCAACUCCUGCGAAUACCUCCGCGCUUGUAUUAACGAAGCAAUGCGCAUGUCCCCUCCUGUCGGCAGCGCUCUGUGGAGAAAAGUCCUUCCCGGAGGAUUGUCCUUUGGCGGCGAGUAUGUGCCCGAGGGCUGCGAGCUGGGCACCGGUAUCUACAGUAUUCACCAUAGCUCCAAGUAUUACCGUGAUCCCUUCGUGUACCGACCGGAGCGGUGGUUCAGUCAGCCCGAUGCCAACGGUCAAUAUUCCGAGGAGGCGGCGCUCGAGCUCGAAGAAGCAAAGGCUGCAUUCAAUCCUUUCUCUCUUGGUAUGAGGGGAUGUGUUGGCAAGGCUCUGGCGAUGAACGAGAUCAUGCUUGCUUUUGCGGCGCUUUUGGUUAGUUGUGAUAUUCAGUUAACUCAUUGUGAGGAAUCUCGUCUUGGUGAAGGGUCUAAGAGUGCUGAAUAUGGACGUCAUCGCGUUUUCGAAUACCAAGUGAAGGAUUGGCUCAUUGCCUGUCGCAAUGGUCCGAUGGUGAAGGCAAAGGCCUGGUCUCGCGAUGAAUGA